AUGCAAAAAAUAUCAACUCGUGUUAUUUUGGUGUUGGUUUUAACCGUCGGAAUCGCCCAUUGCUCCAUUUUCGAAGCCUACAAUAGCGAUGAUGUCGCUUACUUCGUUAAGAAUGAGCAAGAUAGGAACCGGGCAAUUAUGUUCUAUGACGCAUUCCAAGAAGAAGGAAGCUACCAGAUCUCGAAUAACGUUCAGAAAAUAAACGGUGUCUUCCUGAAUAAGGGAGAGCCAGGGAGGUCUGAUGACUUCUGGGUUGACCAUCUAAAUGACAGAGUGAACUUGUUAAGAGUUGAUACUUUGAAUCCUUAUAAUAAGCAAGCAAUGGACUCCUUCCAUGUGGCAAAGGCACCAUUCCUCAUUGUAUUGGAAGAUGGAAACAUUGUUUUUGAGGAAGCUAUUAGAGAUGGGACUUAUAAUCAUCUUAGAGAUGUCCUUGACACAUCUAACUCUGGAAAUUUUAACGAUUAUGAUUUUGGAACCCAGAAUUAUGGAAGUGGAAGCAACUCUUUCAAUAGCUUUGAAGAUUCUCUUCAGAAAUAUGGAGGAAACAGUCAGCAGUUUAACAGCCAAAAUCGAGGCUCUCACCCUUACGAUCUUGUAGAUAAAGCUGAGGAUGAUUUGCAAUCUGCAGAUCAAAAUAUCAAGGAAAAUAGCAAAACAGUUGAAAGUUCGUUAAAAGAACUUCAAGAUCAGAGAAAGAGUCUUCUAGCUUAUAAGGAAGUUGAAGAAGCUAAACAAAAGGCUGAGAUGGCUAUGCACCAAGCUGAAGAAGCCCAGAGGAUGUAUGAAGAAGCUCAGAAAGAUCUGAAUGAGCACAUCAAUCAGUUGAACAAAGAAGAGGAGGAAAGGCAGAGAACUCAAUUUGCGCAGAAUUCUAAAACGAAUGCCUAUCAAUCUCAAAAUCCUAAUUCUUUCUCUCCAAUAGCCCAGAGGGUAUAUGGAGAUAGUAUUUCAAGCUACAACUUAGGUAGCUCUAGGACAUGGAACGGAUACAGAGGAAGGUACUAAGCUUAAAUAUUAUCUAUAUUCAAUUAAAUUGA